AAACACCAGCCCACGGCCCUUGACAUUUUUUAGCCUUUCCCAGGAGCGACAGGAAUAUUCCGUGUCAAAGCCCAGCGGCUGCAAUCGCCAUGCCUCAAGCAGGAAAUCUGACGCACGCAGCCUCAUCUUGUUUUGCCCCGUUUCGCCGCUUGGCCCAUGGCAUCGCCGACUACGCGACUCGGGCGCUGACUGCGGGCGCUUUCCCCAUCCGCGGCAUCUGGUACUUCCUCCGCCAUCCUGAGUUCUACCCCCUCUUUGUCGGAAGAUUGCUCCCGCUGUCGGUCAUAUCGUUCAUUGUUUAUCUGCUGCUCUUUACCUUCACGUUCCUGCCCCAGUUUCUGUUCCUCCUCAUCUUCCAUGGUCGCGCUAGCGCCCUGAUCAACACCACGGUGCUGGUGCUCGGAGAGGGCCUCGUAAUCAUCCAGGGCCUGUUUGAGGGCUUCUUCGUCGAUGAGUGCCGGGUGGACAUCUUUGACGCCACUCUAAUCAACUAUGGCUUUACCGACUUGAUCGCGCCACAACGUGUCCUCUUCCUCGAGGCCCCGAACGCCGUACGCAUGCUCGGAAAGCCGACCUCCCGCGCCGAAUAUCAGCCGUGGAGCAUAAAACAGAUCAUCGAGCUCAUUGUCUUCCUCCCGCUCAACCUCGUUCCCUACGUCGGUACGAUUGCGUUCAUCAUGAUCACCGGCUCCCGCCUCGGCAAGCUUUCACAUCACCGAUGGUUCAAACUCAAGGGACUUGACAAGAGGGCAAAGAAGAGCGAGCUACGGUUGAGGCGGUGGGAAUAUCUCUGGUUUGGGACCGUCGCCAUGAUCCUGGAGCUCGUACCGAUCCUGAGCUUCUUUUUCCUGCUGACUAGCACAGCUGGGGCGGCCAUGUGGGCGGCGAAGAUGGAAGAGAGGGCGAGGACGCGGGUCGGCCAGCCCAUCACGGACGAGGAUCGUUCCCAGGAUGUGGACGGGCCUAUAUAUCAUGAUGACCUGGUUUGAACCGAUGACACAGAGGCGCACCAGUCCGAUAAUUUAUUAGCGAUGCGUCUCAAUUGAUACCCCUUGAUUCUGAGUUUUGGCGUCGAGUU